ACGCAGGCAGCCAGCAGCGAUUCGAUCGCCAACAACUAAAAAACAGCGUAAAGAGUUCCGAGCUAGGCAUUUCUAUCUUCGCUAUUCCCGGCUCAAAUAACUCUCCAUGGAUACCGAAACCCUCAUUCUCCGCAAGAAGCCUGUGAAGGGCUCGCAGAUGAAAAGCUCACAGGCAAUCAACCAAGCGCAGAGAGCAGGACUAGAAAUCGAAACCAACAAAAAAUACAACGCGGGCUCCAACAAGCAUCCCGGUACGAGCUUGAACGCGGCCAAGUUGGAUCGCGAGGACGAUGUUCUCAAGCACAAGACCGUCGAUCCGGACACUGGGAAACUCAUUGCCCAAAUUAGGCAGCAGAAGGGUUUGACCCAGAAAGAUCUUGCUACCAAAAUCUGCGAGAAACCUCAAGUCGUCAAUGACUACGAAGCCGGCAGAGCCCUGCCGAAUCAGCAGAUCCUCUCGAAGAUGGAACGAGCUCUCGGAGUGAAGCUACGGGGGAAAGACAAGGGUCAACCUCUGGGAGGACCGAAGAAAUCCUGAAUCCUUCCAUCCGAAAGACAUGUUCACCUGCUUGCGAUAACUAAUAUACAGACACAGUUCCAUGCAAUCUCAGGUUUGCAGUUCUCAGCUGAGUGGAGCUGUCAAUU